AUGUCGGAAGCUACCGUCAAAGAUAGAGAUCAGACGUUUCCGACAGUGGAGGCGAGUGCGACGGAGAAGCUCGCAUUCCUCUUCCUCACGCGAGGCCCGCUCCCCCUCGCGCCGCUGUGGGACCGAUUCUUCCAGGGCCACGAGGGGCGGUACUCCGUGUACGUACACACGUCCACGCCCGGCUUCGCCUUCCCGUCGGACUUCUCGCCCACCUUCCGAGACGCGCUCAUCCCAGGCGGCAAGGUGGUGUGGGGCGACUUCUCAAUGGUGGAGGCGGAGAGGAAGCUGCUCGCUGCUGCCUUCUUCGACCCCCUCAACGCCUUCUUCGCCCUCCUCUCUGACUCGUGA